AUGUCUUCUGAACCUAAAGUUGUGAUAAAAGAGGAGGAAGAUAACAACACGGAGCAUAAUCAUCAUGACAAUCGAGUUUAUGAUCAUUCUCAUUUUUCAACCCAAAAACGUGAUUCUCUUGACAUGGAAUCACGCAGUUUACCUUCUUCAUCACAUGCUUCUAAAGGGCCAUCGAUGGCAGUGAUUAUGCAACUAGCGUUUCAAAGCAUGGGAAUUGUGUAUGGAGACCUAGGAACAUCACCUUUGUAUGUGUAUACAAGUAUUUUCGCCAAUGGUGUAAAGGACAACGAUGAUAUUUUAGGGGUUUUUUCUUUGAUCUUUUACACCAUCACUCUUGUAACUCUUGUUAAGUAUGUAUUCAUCGUCUUGCGUGCUACUGAUAAUGGGGACGGAGGGACUUUUGCUUUAUAUUCUUUGAUAUGCCGUUAUGCCAAAGUGGGAAUUCUUCCAAAUCAACAAAUUGAAGAUGCUGAAGUGUCUAAUUACAAGCUGGAGUCACCCAAAGAUAGUAGCAUGAAGAGGGCUUCAUGGCUUAAAUCUAUUAUUGAGAAGAGCUACACUAUCAAGAUACUCCUCUUGCUAGUUACAAUGCUUGGCACUUCUAUGGUCAUUGGGGAUGGAAUUCUCACUCCCUGCAUAUCCGUUUUGUCUGCUAUGGGAGGGAUCAAGGUAGCUGCACCAUCAAUAACUGACAAUAUGGUUGUUGAGCUAUCCAUAUGUGUCCUGAUAUUCCUUUUCAUGGUUCAACGACUUGGAACUGAUAAAGUGGGUUACAGUUUUGCUCCUAUUAUGUGUCUGUGGUUCACCAUGAUUGGAGGCAUUGGUUUGUACAAUUCAAUCAAGUAUGAUCCAACAGUGUUGAAAGCAUUAAAUCCAAAAUACAUAGUAGAAUAUUUUAUCAGGAACAAGAAAGAUGCCUGGAUUUCUCUUGGUGGGGUUGUGAUGUGCAUUACAGGAGCAGAAGCACUAUUUGCUGAUGUUGGACAUUUCACAGUGCGGUCUAUACAGAUAAGCACGUGCGGUCUUGUUUACCCUGCUCUCAUACUUGCCUACACUGGACAAUCCUCUUAUCUUCGCAAACACAAUGACGCUGCUACUGAUGCUUUCUAUAAGUCCGUACCACAUGCUUUAUAUUGGCCAAUGUUUGUUGUUGCUGUUAUGGCAGCAAUCAUAGCUUCUCAAUCCUUGAUCUCUGGGGCUUUUUCUAUAAUCCAACAAUCCCUCUCACUUGGAUGUUUUCCUCGUGUGAAAAUCGUACACACAUCAAUCAAGUAUCCAGGACAAGUCUACAUCCCUGAAAUUAAUUUCCUUCUCAUGAUUUCUUGUAUCGCAGUCACUGCUGUAUUUAAAACUACAAUAGAAAUCGGCAAUGCUUAUGGGAUUGCAGUUGUAAUGGUGAUGACUAUUACAUCGACUCUUAUGGUGCUAGUCAUGAUAAUGAUAUGGAAGACACAUAUACUUUUAGUGAUAACUUAUGUCCUUAUUAUAAGUUCUUAUGAGUUUCUUCUUUUAAGCUCAGUGCUGUACAAAUUCAAUGAAGGAGGGUACCUUCCUCUAGCCUUCGCCGCAGUGCUAAUGACAGUCAUGUAUGUUUGGAAUGAUGUGUAUAGAAGAAAGUAUUCUUAUGAAUUGGAUCACAAGAUUUCUCCAGAGAAACUUAAAGAGGUUGCUUGCGGAAGAAACUUAGUUCGAAUACCAGGACUUGCAUUGUUCUAUUCUGAACUUGUUCAAGGAAUCCCGCCUAUUUUCAAGCAUUAUGUCGAAAAUGUUCCUGCUUUGCACUCCAUUGUUGUUUUUGUUACCAUCAAGUCCUUGCCUAUUAGCAAAGUUCCAAUUGAAGAGAGGUUCCUCUUUCGACAAAUAGAAGAACAUCAAGAAAAGGUAAACCUGAACAUGUUUAGGUGUGUUGCUAGAUAUGGAUACGCUGAAGCACGGAACGAUCCUUUUGAGGAUUUAUUGGUCAAAAGGCUGAAGAAAUUUCUUGAAGACAAAUACUUAAUAACUCAUGGUGAUAAAGAGAGUUUGAUGCAAGAGGCUAUUGAAAAAGCUGCGGGAGAUGGAAUUGUUCACUUGAUUGGUGAAAGUGAGGUGAUUGCUAGCAAAGGAAGUGGCAUAAUAAAGAGGAUUCUGAUAGAUUAUGCUUAUGAUUUUGUGAAAAGAAACUUGAGGCAGGGUAAUAAAGUGUUUGAUAUUCCUCAUAAACGUAUGGUCAAGGUUGGAAUGAUUUAUCAACUUUAAACAACUAAAUAAAUGGUUCAAUAGUAAAUAAAAUAAGAGAUCGAUUCAGAAGAGAAUCAGAAUAAUGAUGAACCGUAUGUUAAAAGAGUUGUUAAGAAAUGAUUCAUAAUUGUCACCUAAGCUGGUUAGUUAAGAUUUUGUUACAAAACUAGUUAGUUAGGGAGUUAGCUUGUUCUACAAGCAAGUGUUAG